AUGACAGAUCAACCUGCACAACGUCAGUAUUUUGCCGUGAGCGAUGCUGCUGAAAGUUCCGCAGCCCCAGCCCCGAUGGAGGUUGUCUUCCAAUUCGAGAAGCUGCAAAUCAGCGACCAGGAAGCUCCUUCUUGGGAUGUCAUUACUUCGAUUUCAAACCUAAUUCCAGCAACCAACAAAUAUCAAAGCUUAGAGAUCGACGACCAGAGCAACAACGGCAUCAACGAGAAGAAGAAGAGGAAGAAGAAGUCUCCAAAGUCCCGAAACAACAAGAACACAUCUAAGCGGGAUCAAAAGAGGAACAAGGCUGGUGGAGCGAGUCAACAUCGACAGAAUACCGCAUCCGUGAGCUGCCCCCAGGGGUCACUAGCCCCGUCACGCGACAGGCACAGGAGACGCAAGUCUAGGCAUAUAAACAAGAAAACACAGAAGAUCUUUAAAGAACCGACCGGCUUGCCUUCGAUGCAAAAGGAUGUGGAUGCACCUAUGGUCUCGUCGGAUCUGGAUGUGGCUAUGCAGGAAUUGAGGAUUGAGUGA